CUGGGCGAUGCCAAGUGGGGUGAGGAGGGUCAUUUUCACGCGGUGUAUGAGUUCUUUACCCAGCGACAAGUUCCUGCUCUCAUCAUUUUCGUCGAGGACGGCGUGCUGCAAGUGACCCACCAAGUCCCAACAGAGCUUGUGGGUAGUAUCAACUACUUCCUGCGGACCAAUGACACCUACCUGUACCCCUGGCUCGAUUUUGACGCGAACGUCCGUUGCGGCGCUCUGCAUGGUGACUACUUGGCCAGUCUCUUGCGGGUCAUGAGUGACAUUUAUGCACCACUCCUUACCACCGGUGGCUCCUGGCCCGAUUCUGUGCGCAAUGAAUUUUCUGCUGGCCUCAACCGCUUCAUGUCUGCGCUCACCGAAGCCAGCAAUCGCUCUGCCGGAAAAACCGUGCUCUACAUCCCCAAUGAAGAGCUGUCUGAUGCUGCCAUCCAAGACCGAGACCUCCUUCAGCGUCUUGAUUCAACCGUCAUUCAAUGGACUCGCCUCCUGCGACAGGUGCUCAGCAGCACGAGCGUCGAGGGCGUGGCCGCCAUCGACAUGCCCCUCGACGAAAUUGCCUACUGGCGCCAGCGCCAAGCAGACAUGAGCGGCAUUCACGCUCAACUCGAUCAACCAAAAGCUCAACGUAUUUUGUCUCUGCUCAAGGCUGCCAACUCUUCCUACGUCUCCCAAUUUGAGUCCUGGGCCUCUAAGAUUGCUGAGGGCAUGAGCGUGUCGGAAAGCAAUUUCAAGUUUCUCUCCGUGCUGGCUGAUCCUUGCACUCGUCUCAACACGCUGGGUCUCAAUGCGAUCCCGGAGCGCCUGCCUGAGUUGGUCGACCUCGUGCGCAUGAUCUGGCUGCACUCUCAGCAUUACAACUCGCGCGAGCAAAUCACCAGUCUCUUCCAGAAGCUGAGCAACGCCAUCAUUUCGCGCUGUUGUGAAUGCAUUGCUCACUUUGCUCGGCGUCAGGGCGCUGGUACUCGACCACCCCCACUUCUGGCUGGCACCCGAGGUCCGGAGCUCAGCCGCAGCCUCGAGCAGCUCGAGGCCAACUUUGCCGCGAGCCUACAACAACUGCGACAGGUUCAGGAUCUCGUAUUCGAUGUCAAGUCCAACAAGUUUCAGCACGAGUUUGUCCAGUUCAAGGCCUCGCUGAAGGAGCUGGAAGUGCUCAUGCAGGGCAUCAUCGGCACUGCAUUUGAGACAGCCACCUCAGUGGAGCAGGGUGUCGAGCUCCUGACCAUCUUUGCACCUUUGCGAGCUCGAGAGACGCUGCGCCGAGCGCUGAACCGCCACACGGACAGCGUUUUUAAGCGUUUCAACGACGAGCUCGAGCAUGUCAAGCAAGUCUUCUCCAAGCAGCGCGACGCGCCUCCAGUAGGACCCACGAUGCCCAAGUAUGCUGGUGCUUGCAUGUGGGCGCUGGCGCUGCGCACCAACAUCGAUCAAUCUCAGCAACUGCUGACUUCGCGUCAGCUGCAUGCCACGUCCGAUGCGGGCCACCGCGGUGACGAGGCGACCUUUAGCAACGAAGUGCUGCAUAGCCAUUCAUUGCUCAGCAAUGCACUUGCAGACUUUGCCAACAAGACCCAUGCCGCUUGGGUCGCGCAACUAGGCACCGACCUCAAGGCACUGCUGGAAAUCAGUCUCAUGAAGCGCCGCCCUGAUCGUCGACUCGCCCUCAACUUUGAUCCUUCCCUCGAGCGUCUCUUUCGCGAGAUCCAGUACUUUGACAAGUUGGGCAUGAGCAUUCCAGCACCGGCGCGGGAUAUUUUCCAUCGAUCGGAGGAGCUGCGCUGUCUACGUGACAUGACCAUGCUGGUGGUGCGAGACUACAACCGCAUCUACGAUCUUUUGGCGGACGACGAGCAGCAGCUUUUCAGCCGACGCAUUCAGCUGCUUGACAACAAGGUGCACAACGGCUUGACAAAGUUAACUUGGGACAAGGCCAAGUUCAUCAAGGAGUACGUGAACACGGUGCGCGCCAAUGCUGCGACCGUGCGCAAGCAAGUUGACAACUACCUCGCUUCUAAGGCCUACGUGCGCGCUUUGUGCGACACGGCCGCUCAGCGAUCUCUUUUCGUCUACGAUGCCAAGACCAUGUACGAGCCCACGGAGUUUGCGCAACAACAGGAGCGCUACGUGGCACGCGUUCUCAGCCGACUGGGCACCAUUCACCAAAAGAUCGUGGCAGCCUUGCGGGCUACUUACAAGGAUUUUAGUGGUGACCCCAGCGCCGUGCAAUCGGCCUGGAAGCUGUACGUGGCCGGCAUUGAUGAGCGGCUUCAAAAUGCUCUGGUGACCGUGGCGCGUCGCUCUCUCAGCGAGCUUAAUCGAGCUUUGCAUGGUGACGGCAAGACGCUCAAUGCGCCUCUUUUCAAGGUCGGCGUCCUUUUGGAUGAUGCAUCUUCUUCGCUCCUUCUCCAGCCGAGCUUCGAUUUCACCUAUCGCUUGGUCAACACCGUUGCCGAUCGCAUCAUGGCUGGUCUCGUGGUCAUCCCGCGGCUGUUGGCGGCCGUGAGCCAGCGUGAGGUCAAGGAUCUGCCAUCCUACGAGGCUGCUGCCCGCGCCGACCGCGAUGUUCGCGUGCUCUUGGACCGUAUUGCGCGGGAUAUGGACAAGUGCCGCCCAGAGGCCGAGGCCUUUGCGCAGGGCUGGCGUGACCGUUAUUACGAAAUCUGGGCUACCGAUAAAGCACGCUUCAUUGAGCGAUACAUCGAGAUGCAGCCUUCCCUGGCCAAGUUUGAUGGCGACAUUGCCCGGUAUGGGGAGGUCUCUCACAACGUGCAGAAGGAGGAGACUUUCGUUAUCCUACAGUUUCUGCACCUGGACACGUCGUUGCUCAAGUUUGCUCUCUUGGACCAUUGCAAGGAAUGGCAGACCCGAUUGAGCCAGGUUCUACAUGAUCAAACGGUGCAGGAGUUGGCUGAUCUGCACGCCUAUCUCGAGGAACAGGCCCGCUUGCUGCGCCAGCGCCCCGAGGGCCUCGAUGCCGUCAUUGCGUCCGUCGCCCUGUACGACGAGGCUCGUAAGCGCCGUGAGUCAACUCAACAGCGCUUUGCUCCACUCAAGGAGCGAUUUGAGAUUCUUCACAAGUAUGAUGUCAGCAUAAGUGCUCAGGUGGAGCAGUCUCACCUCAACCUGGCUGCCGCCUGGACCUCGUUCAACGACGCCCUCCGCGAGGGCGCUGCUCUCAUCGAGGAGGCCAAAUCCGAAUGCAAGUCAGGCCUCUUGGCAUCCUUGGACGAGCUCGCGCGCAACGCUGCCGGGUUGCGCUCCCAGUUCCUCGAGGAUGGCCCGACCUCGGGAUCCCUCACACCCGAACAGGCCCUCAAGGCCAUUGAUACCUUCAAGGCCAAGGUGGAGACGACGCGCCAGGCGGAGCAAGCCUUGAAGAAUGGCCUGCAAGUCUUUGACAUCACUCAAGAGCCAUUUCAGGAGAUCUUGGACACGGUCAAAGAUUUGGGCCACCUUGAGCAGCUCUGGCGUCUGGCGGAGGAGUGGGACAACAAUUUCAUCUCUUGGCGAGACACACAGUUUGCUGACAUUGUUACGGACGAUCUCGCGCAAACUGCGACCAGCUUCAACAAACGGCUUCUCAAAAUGUUGCGUGAGGUUAAGGACAAGGACUGGGAAAUGACCGCCGCCUAUCGCAACAAAAUCGAUCAAUUCCGACGCACCAUGCCUCUCAUUGAGGAUCUGAAGAAUCCAGCGCUCCGUGAGCGCCACUGGAGCCGCCUUCAAGGCCACGUCGGCGAGAACUUCAGCCAUACGUCAGAAGAGUUUACCCUUGGCCGCAUGAUCGAGCUCGGCUUUGACCGCUUCAACGAAGAAGUGGGCGACAUCUCGCGGGCUGCUAGCAAGGAACUGAGCAUCGAGCAAACAUUGGCCGGCAUCACCGAGGUGUGGGCCACGGUUGAGCUCGAGGCAGCGGCCCACAAGGAACGUGGCCACUUCAUUCUCAAGGGAACGGACGACAUUUACCAGCUGCUCGAAGAUGAUCAGAUCAAGUUGGCCACCAUGAAGGCCAGUCCUUUUGUCAAGGCGUUUGAGGCAGACGUGGACCGCUGGGAGAAGACCUUGGGAACGGUUUUGGAGGUGGUGGACAUGUUGCUGACCGUGCAGCGUCAGUGGAUCUACUUGGAGAACAUCUUCCUUGGCGAGGACAUUCGGCAGCAACUGCCCGAAGAAACCAAGCAAUUUGACCUCAUGGAUGCCCAGUUUAAGGAUAUUGGUGUGCACCUGCACAAGGACUGCCACGCUUGUCGCGCGACCCACCGCGACGGCUUGCUCGCACAGCUUGUCGCCAUGAAUGGCGUACUCGAGCAAAUUCAAAAGUCACUGGAUGAAUAUCUCGAGACCAAGCGUCAAGCCUUUCCUCGCUUCUAUUUUGUAUCCAAUGAUGACCUUCUCGAGAUUCUUGGGCAGUCCAAAAAUCCGCCUGCCGUGCAGCCGCACUUGCUGAAAUGCUUUGACAAUGUCAAGAGUCUGGAGUUGCACAAUGCCGUUGGGCGCAGCCAGGUUCAAGCGCUGGGCAUGACCUCUGCAGAUGCAGAGUACGUGCCGUUUAAGACCGCUGUUGCCCUGGAUGGGCCAGUUGAGGUCUGGCUGACCUCUGUGGAGACAGAGAUGCGGCACACUCUUAAGCAGCUGCUUCAGGAAUGCAUGGUCGCGCAUCGAAAGCAAAAGCGCGACAAGUGGCUUAAGGAAUGGCCCGGCCAGCUUGUUCUCACUGUGAGUCAAAUGGCUUGGACAUCUGAGUGCUUCAAGGCCAUCUCUGACAAGAAACACGGGGCCAAAGCUGGCCUGAAAGCUAUCAAGAAGAAGCAGGUCUCACUCCUCAACAAGCUGACUGAGGCUGUGCGAGCCGUCAAGAACAAGACGCAACGCAAAAAGCUUGUGGCACUCAUCACCAUCGAAGUGCAUUCCCGCGACGUUAUCGAUCGCCUCUUGAAAGUGGCGAACAUCGACCAAAAUGCGUUUGAGUGGCUGAUGCAGCUGCGGUUUUACUGGGAAAAGCCUGAAACCGGUCCCAGCGAGGGGGAGUGCAUCAUCCGCCAAACCAACACCCAUUUCAGCUAUGGGUACGAGUAUUCCGGCAACAGCGGCCGCCUGGUCAUUACGCCUUUGACGGACCGCUGCUACAUGACCCUGACGACGGCCUUGCACUUGAAGCGCGGUGGCUCGCCCAAGGGUCCAGCUGGUACCGGCAAGACGGAGACGGUCAAGGAUCUUGGCAAGUCACUGGGUGAUUACGUCAUUGUCAUUAACUGCUCUGACGGCAUGGACUACAAGUCGCUUGGCGUCAUGUUCCGCGGUCUAGCACAGACUGGCGCCUGGGGUUGUUUUGAUGAGUUCAACCGCAUCAACAUCGAAGUGCUUUCCGUCGUGGCCCAGCAGAUCCUCUCCAUCCUCUCGGCUCAGAUUCCGCUCUCGCCAGAGAACCCGAAGACACGCUUCACGUUCGAGGGCAUGGACAUCAACCUGCUUUGGUCUUGCGGCAUCUUCAUCACCAUGAACCCUGGCUAUGCCGGGCGCACCGAGUUGCCAGAUAACCUCAAGUCCAUGUUCCGUCCAAUCUCCAUGAUGAAGCCAGACACGCAACUUAUCGCCGAGAUCAUCCUCUUUGGCCAGGGUUUCAACAACACGCGCGUGCUCGCCAAGAAGGCUGACACUCUGUACAAGCUUGCAGCUCAGCAGCUGUCCAAGCAAGACCACUAUGACUAUGGUCUUCGCGCCAUGGUCUCAACUCUGUUGUAUGCUGGACGCAAGCGUGAGGCGAUGCCCGAAAUGCCGCAUGAGGAGGUGCUGCUGCUUGCCAUGAAGGACAUGAACGUGGCCAAGAUGACGGGCGCUGACCUGCCUCUGCUCCAACACAUGAUGUCCGACCUCUUCCCAGGCGUGGAGACGAUGGAGGUGGAGUAUGGAGCCUUCCGCGAGGCCAUCAAGGCGGAUCUGGUCAAGCAGGGCUAUCAAGCCACCCCCUGGAUGAUCACCAAAGCCAUUCAGCUCUUUGAGACGAAAAACUCGCGCCACUCCGUCAUGAUUGUCGGGCGCACUGGCUCAGGCAAGAGUGUUGCUUGGCACACGCUGCAGCGUGCAAUGACGCAGUGUGCACGCGACAACGUGGAGGGCUUUGUACCUGUGCGGGAGUACCCGCUCAAUCCCAAGGCGCUUUCCUUGGCUGAGCUGUAUGGCGAGUUCAACAUUGCCACCAACGAGUGGACGGAUGGCGUGCUCUCCUCGGUGAUGCGCAACGUCUGCUCCGAUGAGAAGCCAGAUCAGAAGUGGAUUGUGUUUGAUGGUCCCGUUGAUACGCUGUGGAUUGAGAGCAUGAAUUCGGUCAUGGACGACAACAAGAUCCUGACCCUCAUCAACGGUGAUCGCAUUUCCAUGCCGGCGCAAGUUUCGCUGCUCUUUGAGGUUGAGGAUCUGGCCGUUGCGUCGCCGGCAACCGUGUCACGUUGCGGCAUGGUGUACCACGACACGGCUGACCUCGGCUGGCAACCCUAUGUCACUUCGUGGCUCAGUAAUCCGCGCUUUGAAGCCUAUCGCGGCCCGCUGCAGGCCCUUUUCGAGAAGUAUGUCGAACGCCUUCUUGAUUUUGUUCGCCACAAAUGCGAAGAACUCGUGGAAACCUCCCUCCUGAGUCGGGUGACGUCCCUGUGCAACCUGCUCGACGCCUUUUUGGUGCCCGAGAAUGGCAUCGACCCCGCGGACAAGGCCCACUUUGCGCGUCUUCUGGAACAGUGGUUCCUCUUUGCUUGUGUGUGGUCCCUUUGCGCGGGCGUGAACGAGGCAGGUCGCAAGUUGGUUGACAAUUUCAUCCGUGAGAUUGAGGGUCAAUUCCCAGCCAAGGACACCGUGUACGAGUACUUUGUGGACGUGAAGAAUCACACUUGGGCUCAUUGGGAGAAGGAGCUUUCGGCGGGGUGGAAGUACGCCCCUGAUGCAAGUUAUCACUCAAUUCAAGUGCCCACGGUGGACACAGUGCGCUACGAGUUUCUGCUGUCCAACUUGAUUGCACAUCAGCGCCCGACGUUGAUGGUGGGUCCAGUUGGAACGGGCAAGACUUCGGUGGUCGAGCUUGUCAUGGCCAAGCUCGAUGCAGCGCAGUUUAAUCGCCUAACCAUCAACAUGUCCUCGCAAACCAGCUCAAACAACGUGCAAGAGAUCAUUGAGGGCCAGGUGGAGAAGCGUACCAAGGGUGUGUUUGUGCCCCUUGGGGGCAAGCAGUUGCUCACCUUCCUGGACGACCUGAACAUGCCGGCCAAGGAUACUUUUGGAAGCCAGCCCCCGCUUGAAUUGCUGCGCCAGCUCAUGGAGUACGGGUUCAUGUACGACCGGCAGAAACAGGUGUUGAAACACAUCAAGGACAUGCGAGUCGUGGCGGCCAUGGGUCCGCCCGGGGGCGGCCGCUCUGUCAUCAGCCGGCGCCUUCAGAGCCGCUUUAACGUCAUCAACAUGACCUUUCCCAGCCGGUCGCAGAUUCAACGCAUCUUUGGAACCAUGAUCAACCAAAAGCUACAGGAUUUUGAUGAGGCGUGCAAGCCGGUGGGUGACAUGGUGACCAAUGGCACCAUUGACGUUUAUGAGUACAUGUCUACGCGCAUGCUGCCUACGCCGGCCAAAAUCCACUACCUCUUCAACUUGCGCGAUAUUUCCAAGGUUUUCCAGGGUCUUUUGCGCGCUCACAAGGACGUACACGACACCACCGAUGCGCUGUCGCGCCUGUGGGUGCACGAGUGCUUUCGCGUCUUCUGCGAUCGCCUCAUCAGCUCUUCGGACGUGGCUGAAUUCACCAAGCUUAUUGAGGACAAGCUGCACGAGCUUUUCAACAUCUCCUACUCGACCCUUUGCCCCAAUCGCGUGGUGCCCGUCUUUGCGGACUUUCUGAAAGCCGAAGACAAUCCCGUGUACGAGGAUGUGCGCGAUCCCCAAGUGCUGCGACGCGUGCUGCAGGAGCGUUUGGACGAGUACAAUGAAUCGGGCUUUGUUCCCAUGGACCUGGUUCUGUUCCGUGAUGCCAUUGAACACGUGUGCCGUGUCGUCCGUGUCGUGCGGUGUGAGCGUGGCAACAUGCUGCUCAUUGGUGUCGGUGGGUCUGGGCGGCAGUCGCUCACGCGCCUCGCCUCGUACGUGCUCGAGUUUAAGGUGUUCCAAAUUGAGGUCACGCGGCAGUACCGCAUCAACGAAUUUCGCGAGGACCUCAAGACGCUGUAUCGACAAGCCGGUCUUGAGAACAAGCCGACAGUCUUCCUCUUUACUGACACACAAAUUGUCAUUGAAGACUUUUUGGAGGAUAUCAACAACAUUUUGAGUUCCGGCGAGGUUCCCAACUUGUUUGCACCGGAUGAGUUGGAGGAAAUUCGCAAUGAGCUGGCACCGCUGGCGCGCAAGCAAGGUCUUGACGAGUCGCCGGUGGGCCUGUACAAGUAUUUCAUCAGCCGUGUUCGCAACAACCUGCGCGUUGUCCUGUGCAUGAGCCCCGUCGGCGAGGCUUUCCGCAACCGCCUGCGCAUGUACCCCGGCCUUGUCAACUGUACCACCAUCGACUACUUUCAUGCAUGGCCCGAAGAUGCCCUACUCGCCGUGGCACACCGAUACAUGCACGAUGUGGACUUUGGCACUGGGGAGGACGGCGAGGCCGUCCGCAAGGCCGUCUCAUCCACCUUUGCCGUUAUUCAGCAGUCGGUCCUGAGCUCUUCGGCCCAGAUGCUGGAGGAACUCAAGCGACACAACUAUGUGACACCAACCAACUACCUCGAGCUCGUCAUGGGCUACAAGCAGCUCCUGGCGGAGAAGCGCCGCGAGCUGGGCGAUGCUGCCGACAAGCUUGCCAAUGGCUUGGGCAAGAUUGACGAGACAAGUGCCAAGGUAGAGCAAAUGUCCAUCGAGCUGGUUGAGACGAAGAAGCAAGUGGCCGAGUUUCAGCGCGAGUGUGAGGAGUACCUCGUCAUCAUUGUACAGCAGAAGCGCGAGGCCGACGAUCAGCAGAUGGCCGUGUCCCAGCGCAGCGAGAAGAUUAGCGUGGAGGCCAAACAGUGUCAGAAGUUGGCUUCGGAUGCGCAGGCCGACCUUGACGAGGCCCUGCCGGCUCUGGAGAGCGCUAUGGAGGCACUCAACUCGCUUAAUAAGGGCGACAUCACGGAGAUCAAGUCGUACAGCAAGCCGCCCGAUCUCGUGGCCAUGGUCAUGGAGGCUGUCAUGGUUUUGCGCAAAUCCAAGCCAGACUGGGCGGAAGCCAAGCGUCAACUGGGUGACACCAAUUUUAUCAACCAACUGAUUGAGUUUGACAAGGACAACAUGUCUGAGAAGACGCUGAAAAAGGUACGCACCUACGUUGUGCGCCCAGAGUUUGAUCCAGAUGUGGUGGGUCGCGUUUCGAAUGCGGCACGCUCGCUCUGCAUGUGGGUUCGGGCCAUGGAUGUAUAUGGCCGCAUCUUCAAGGUCGUGGAACCCAAGCGCCAGGCCUUGCAAGCGGCGCAAACGGCCCUCAAGGCCAAGGAAGACUCGUUGGCAGAGGCCGAGGCCAAGCUGCGCGAGGUGACGGAGAAGGUGGCCAAGCUGCAGUCUGAUUACGAGAGCAAGCUUCAGACCAAGGAAGAGCUGCGCAUCAAGAGUGAACAGACAGAGAUCAAGCUUGAGCGUGCCGCCAAACUGGUGUCGGGCUUGGCCGGCGAGCGCUCGCGCUGGGAGCAGAGCGUUGGCGAGCUGCGACGCGGCAUCAAAUUCUUGGUGGGUGAUUGCCUCAUGUGUGCUGGCUUUCUCUCAUACCUGGGUCCCUUUAUCAGCGAGUACCGUGCUCGCAUUGUCGAGCAGUGGCGGCGCCACAUUCGGGACAACAACAUCCCUUCCGAUCCCGAUUUCAGCAUGACAACUCUGUUGGCGAAGGCAACAGACGUGCGCUUCUGGAACAUUCAAGGCCUGCCGUCCGACCAAUUCAGCACGGAGAACGGUGUGAUUGUGACACGCGGCCGGCGCUGGCCACUGAUGAUUGACCCUCAGGGACAGGCCAUCAAAUGGAUCAAAAACAUGGAGCGCGACCGCAAGCUGCAGGUGGUGGACAUGCAACAACCUGACUACAUUCGCACGCUCGAAAACGCCAUCCAGUUUGGUACGCCGGUGCUGAUGCAGAAUGUGGGCGAGGAGCUGGACCCAUCCUUGGCCCCCGUGCUGAACAAAGCCUUUACCAAGGUGGGCGGGCGCUUGAUGCUCAAGCUCGGGGAUAAGGAGAUUGAGUACAAUCCAGACUUUCGCUUCUACUUGACGACCAAGAUGAGCAACCCUCACUACACUCCCGAGAUCUCGACCAAGACCACGAUCGUCAACUUUGCGGUCGUCCAACAGGGCUUGGAGGCGCAGCUGCUCGGCAUUGUCGUGUCCAAGGAGCGCCCGGAGCUGGAAAAGCAAAAGAAUGAGCUCGUUCUGAACAUUGCCGCGGGCAAGAAGAAGCUGGUGGACUUGGAAGAUAAGAUCCUGCAGCUUCUGAGCUCGGCCAAGGGCUCGCUUCUGGACGACGAGGAGCUGGUCAACACGCUGAACACCUCCAAGGUCACCUCGGUGGAGGUGUCGGAGCAACUUGUGGUGGCGGAAGCAACGGAGAAAGAGAUUGAUGCGGCACGUGAGGGUUACCGUCCGUCCGCGUCACGAGCGUCGGUGCUCUUCUUUGUGCUUGAUGAUGUGUCCAAGAUUGACCCUAUGUACCAAUUUUCGCUCGAUGCUUACAUCAAUCUGUACACGCUCAGCAUCGACAACAGCGCCAAGGCGCCAGCGCUCGACCAGCGCAUCGAGAGCAUCAACGAGUAUCACAACUAUGCGGUGUACCGUUACACCUGCCGAGGUCUGUUUGAGAAGCACAAACUACUCUUUGCGCUGCACAUGAAUGCCAAGAUCUUGGAGAGCCAGAACAAGAUUGCCUUGGGCGAGUACAACUUCUUUCUACGCGGCGGUCAGGUGCUCGAUCGCGACGCGCAGGUGCCCAACCCCGCGCCCGGCUGGAUUACUUCAGAGGCUUGGGACAACGUGACGGAAAUGGAGCGGCUGCUACCCAAGUUUGCAGGACUGACGGCUUCGUUUGAGCAGCAGCUGCGCGACUGGCAGGCGUGGUAUGUGCAUCCCGAACCGGAGACGGCGCCACUGCCAGGGGAAUGGCAGGCCACCUGCAAUGAGCUGCAGCGCAUGUGCAUUGUGCGGGCGCUGCGCCCGGACCGCGUGGCAAUUGUUGCCAUCCAGUACAUUGUCAACAACCUGGGCCAGCGCUUCGUGGAGCCACCACCACUUGACAUGAACGCCGUGUUGGCGGAUUCCAAUGCCAUGACGCCACUCAUCUUUGUUCUAUCUGUGGGCGUGGAUCCGACGAAGCAGCUGCUGGAUCUUGCUGAACGCUCCGGUAUGAGCGACCGCUUUCACAGCCUGUCUCUCGGUCAAGGGCAGGCACCAAUUGCGGAGCGCCUCAUUGCCGAGGGUGCUUCGCGUGGUGACUGGGUGUUCCUGGCGAAUUGUCACCUCUCCUUGAGCUGGAUGCCCUCCCUGAGUAAGCUGGUGGAGCUGCUGGAGUCACAGCAGCCGCACCCCGACUUUCGGCUGUGGCUCAGCUCCAAGCCGGACCCGCGCUUCCCGAUUUCGAUUUUGCAGGCGGGUAUCAAGAUGACAACGGAACCACCAAAUGGUAUCAAGGCGAACAUGAAGCGGCUGUACAACACCAUCAGCGAGGAGCAGUUUGAGCGCUGCAACGCUUCGUCCAAGUACAAGAAACUGAUGUUUUCCCUGACCUUUUUCCACAGCAUCUUGCUCGAGCGUCGCAAGUUCCAAAUGCUGGGCUGGAACGUGCAAUACCCCUUCAACGACUCGGACUUUGAGGUUUCGGAGAACCUGCUGGCGCUCUUCCUGGACGAGUAUGAGGAGACACCGUGGGAGUCACUCAAGUACCUGAUUGCGGGCAUCAACUACGGUGGCCACGUGACAGAUGACUGGGAUCGACGCCUCUUGCUGACCUACAUUAACGAGCUGUUCAGUGAUCAGGUGUUGCAGGUGGAGGCGUGCCCGGUGUCGGCCAGCCCGCUCUACUUUGUGCCUCCAGAUGGCCCAUUGCAGUCAUACAAGGAUUACAUCAACACGCUGCCAGGCGUGGACCCCCCCACCGCUUUUGGGCAAAAUGCCAACGCGGAUAUCUCAAGCAUGAUCCGGGAAGCCCGCACGUUGCUGGGCACGCUGGUGUCCAUGCAGCCAGCCGUCAGCGCCAAAGAGGGUGGUAGUCGGGAGGACAAGGUUUUGGAGCUGGCGCGGGACAUGCUGGCGCGGCUACCCAAGACCAUCGAUUACGAGGCGACGGCCAAGCUCUUGGCGGCUGAUCCGCGUCCGUUGAACAUUGUGUUGCUGCAGGAGAUCCAGCGAUACAACCGAUUGCUGGAGGCGAUGCGCGUCAACCUGGUCGACCUCGAUCACGGUAUCCAGGGACUGGUGGUGAUGAGUCACGAGCUGGAGCAGAUUUUCGAGUGCAUCUAUCAGGGCGAGGUGCCGGUAGCUUGGAAAGCAACGUACCCGUCCCAAAAGCCGUUGGCCUCGUGGAUGCGCGACUUGGUGGAGCGGAUUGAAUUUCUGACGCAGUGGGCAGUCACGGGUCGCCAGCCCCUUAUCUUCUGGAUGUCGGCCUUUAGCUUCCCGACGGGCUUUCUCACGGCUGUGCUGCAGCAAGCGGCGCGCUCCAACGGCGUGUCAAUCGACACGCUCUCAUGGGAGUUUUCGGUCAUGACCGUCGAUGACGUCAACAUUGUGGAGGAGCCGAGGGACGGUGUCUACGUGCGUGGACUCUUCCUCGAGGGUGCGGGGUGGGAUAAGCGCAAUGCUUGCCUUGUGGAGGCGGAGGCCAUGCAGCUGGUCAGCAGCAUGCCCACGAUCCACUUCAAACCCGUUGAGAACAAGAAGGUCGCCAAGAAAGGCAGCUAUGCUUGUCCCUGCUAUUACUAUCCCAACCGCACGGGCGAAGGCGGUGCGUCUGCAUGGUCCUUUGUCAUUUCGGUGGACCUCAAGACCGGUGAUCUGCCCCCUGAACACUGGGUCAAGCGUGGCACCGCACUGCUGAUGAGCUUGGACAGUUAGUUGUGCUUCUUCCGCGUCGGCCCUAUGACGCUUUGAGUAUGGCUGUGCGUUUCUGCUCUUUCUAUGGAAUUAGCAAGUUGCUGUUUGUUGGACGUGUGUCGUGCCUGUGAAUAUAAAAAUAUCAUGAUAAUUGACCUAUGGUCUUC